CGCAAACAGAUGGCAUAUGACCCUAGUUUAUACCCAGAGUUCAAGAAACCUGGACCAACCAAUGGAAAGACCUCCGAAACGCCAAGCUCAAUUUCAAGCUCCUCAAGCUCUUCGACAUCUUCGGCAGCAUCAACGGUGACACCGGCAGCUCGACACAGAGGCCGAACGACAAUCGUAAUUUCUUCCGACGAAGAAAACGAAGACAUACCUCCUAGUACCCAGUCGCAAUCCUCAGCUCAACCCCCACCAACUGCUCCUAACAACUUCGUCAUGGACGCCUUGAAACAGGCCCUUCCAAAGCCUCCCCCACAGCGCACACAAGUCCCAGCACCUAUUCACGUCCCUUCGAACCGUGAUAUUCUUCCGGGGCCUUCCAACCCGACGAUAGAUGCGGCCCAUCAAGCAUACGUCUAUGAGCCUCGGAUGUCCGCUACCGAGACCGAAAAGGCAUUGCGCGCUCUCGUAGAGGACAGUAUCACUCCCGAUGACGUUGAGAUCAACAUGGAGGAAGCCAUUGUGGAGGGCUUCCAAGAUGGUAUCACACUUCUCCCUCAUCAGGUCCUUGGUCGCGCUUGGAUGCGUGAUAAAGAAACAGAUAAGAAGAGGGGUGGAAUACUUGCAGACGAUAUGGGUCUUGGCAAAACCAUCCAGACCCUUACGCGAAUCGUCGAUGGUCGUGCCAAAAAAUCUGACAAAGCAGAUGGUUGGGCUGCCACAACCUUGGUUGUUUGUCCAGUUGCACUCGUCUCUCAAUGGGCCUCCGAGAUCACGAAGAUGGCUGUGGGAUUACGUGUAAUUGAGCACCACGGCCAAAGCCGUACCACAGACCCUCUGAAACUUAAGGCUGCACACGUUGUGGUUACCUCGUAUUCCAUUGUCGCCUCUGAAUACGCGACCUUUGCACCUCCUGCAAAGGAUGAAUCAAAGUCCAAGUCAAAAUCCAAGAAAGCAUCAUCCCAAUCAGAUUCGGGCUCCGAUUCUGACGAUGUCGUCACGAAGAAGAAACCUGGAAGGGCAAAAGGCAAGGACGCAUUAUUCCGCGUGAAAUGGUUUAGAAUUGUCCUUGAUGAAGCGCACAACAUCAAGAACAGGAACACGAAAGCGGCUAUUGCAUGCUGCGAACUCGAGGGAAAGUUUCGCUGGUGUCUUACAGGCACACCGAUGCAAAAUACAGUGGAUGAACUGUUCUCUCUUCUCAAAUUUCUCCGUGUGCGUCCGCUAAACGACUGGCAAAACUUCAACGAACAAAUUGCUCAGCCUAUCAAGGCUGGGCGACCCGUACGAGCCCUUAAGCGACUUCAUGUCGUUCUCCAAUCCAUCAUGCUUCGACGCACCAAGGAUUUCGUUCUUAAUGGAAAACCUAUCAUAUCCCUCCCGGCACGCCAUUUGUCUGUCGUUCAAUGCAAAUUCGAUUCAGACGAGCAAGCAUUUUACAAUACGCUCUCACAACGCAUGACCAAUGAACUCGACAAACUUGUUCAGGCUAACGAAGCGUCCAAGAAUUAUACCCACGUGUUGCUUAUGCUUCUGAGACUAAGGCAGGCUUGCAACCAUCCUUCCCUCGUAUACAAAGACUACCGCAUCGACAACGAGGCCGCCGAGCCUCGCCCCGCUAAGAAUGACGAAGCUGAUGAAGAUGCCGACGAGCUUGCGGCGCUUUUAGGACAGAUGGGCGUCUCGAACGGCAAGAAAUGCCAGCUAUGUCAGACAAACCUUGACUCUUCUGACUCAGAACACUGUCCCGACUGUGAACCAAUUGCUGCAAAGGCCCGACGCAGGUCUGUGGCUGCACCAACCGCUCGUGAUCCCAACCUACCUCCAGAUUCGGCGAAGAUUCGCAAGUUGCUUGAAAUUCUUCGGGACAUUGAUGAAAGGAGCGAGAGUGCUGAAAAAACGAUCAUAUUUUCUCAGUUCACCAGCAUGCUGAAUCUCAUUGAGCCCUUCUUGACUGCAGAGGGGAUCAAAUAUGCGCGAUAUGAUGGAAGCAUGACCAAGGAUAAACGUGAGGCAUCGCUAGAGAAAAUCCGAAGCAGCAAGAGCACGCGUUGUAUCCUGAUUUCAUUCAAGGCCGGAAGUACUGGGUUGAACUUGACCUGCUGCAACAACGUGAUACUUGUCGACAUGUGGUGGAACCCUGCGCUCGAGGACCAAGCAUUCGAUCGCGCCCAUCGCUACGGGCAAAAACGUGACGUCAAUAUCUUCAAGCUCACUAUUCCCGAGACUGUCGAAACGCGGAUCCUUGAGCUUCAAGAGAAGAAACGUGAGCUUACGAAAGCGGCGUUGAGUGGAGAGAAGAUGAAGAACAUGAAACUCGGCAUGGAUGAUCUGUUGGCCUUGUUCAGGCCUGGGGCGCACCAUGAUGAUGAUGAUGAUGAGGAAUGAUCGGAUGUGCGUGCUGGACACGUUGAUGUCUUGGUCUUGGUUUUGUGAGUUUGUGUUGCUCUGUUGCUGUUGUCGCGAAUCUCGAUCUACAUAACAUAUCGUAGUUGCGUUUCAUCAAAAUAUCUGAUUUUCUUUUUCUGGUGUUGAUUUUCAGUCACGUGGUAUUAUUCGCCCUGUCUCGUAAUAUUUGGUAUUAUUCGCCCUGUCUC